AUGACAGCUUCAUCAAGCCCCCGCAAACUGCUCGAUCUCAUCACCGACAUUGACACUGCUCCUUUGGACUUUGAUUCAAACUACGCUCCCUAUUACCGUCUCUUCCUCUCCCCAGACCCUCGUCCUCAUGGCUUCAUGCUCCCCGCCACGGUAUCCCUGAUGCCAUGGCCCGAAACUUUCACCAUCGACCACGAUAGCCGUAGUGUAACGCUCAGUGAACCACCGUCUACGUCAACACUCACUGAGCACGCAGGCUCAUCGUUCCAGAAAGCUGUUGAUGAAGCCAUUGACAAUGAUUUGUUUCCCAUUCUGAAUAAGGAGCAUAGCGAGCACUUUCGUGUAGUAGGCGCUCGAAGCUUCGUCCAGAUUGAGCGCUUCUCCGCUUCUUUGUUUGGUAUUGCUACGAGAGGUGCUCAUCUGACAGGAUAUGUUCGAGGGGACGAUGGACGUAUUAAGAUUUGGGUCGGCAGGCGAAGUCUUCAUCUCUUCAGCUAUCCUGGUCUUCUGGACAGUACUGUUGCUGGCGGCAUAAAAGCAAGUGAUACGCCUCUUGCUUGUAUCAAAGCCGAGUCCACCGAAGAAGCCUGCCUCCCUCCAGACCUUGUAGCCUCCCGUGUAGAGCCUACCGGUGUGGUAACUCUAGCUAACAUCAACUCACGAUCGAAGCUUUUCCAUUCUGAUAUUCUCUACGUGUUUGAUCUGGAAAUACCGAGCGAUGUGGUUCCCACGCCAGGAGAUGACGAGGUGCAGGAGUUUGUACUUAUGGAUUGUGGAGAAGUGGUCGAGCGCAUGUUGAAGGGAGAGUUCAAACCGGAAGUUUGUCCUGUGAUGACCGACUUCUUGGUGAGAAGGGGGUUUAUCACGGAAGAGAAUGAGGGCGAUUUUGAGGAGAUUCAGAAGAGGUUGAGGAGACAGAUUCCCGUACCGAUGGAGUCGGAUGUGUAG